GACCCUCCAUCUCAUAUCUUGCUGCUAAAUGAUCAGUGUAACAUGUUGCAAAAUAGAUAUUUUUCUAGCCAGCCAAUGCUUAAAUUUCUAAACAAGGAUCCUGCAACGGAGCACAUUUACAUGAUACUUACUAUACAUUUUUAGCAACACAAAAUUUUGGCACAGAAGAAUGGACAUUCAAUCAAAUUCAGUGAUUUGUCAAGCACUGUGUUGGAUUCGUCAAAAUUUGAUGGAAGAAGCUUCGUGCAGGCCCUUUCAGAAGGCUGCAAGAUUGCCAUAAAUGGGUAGCCAAGAAUUCCGCAGGCAACACAUGCCUUCGUAUAUGUAUCUGGACGAAUACUCCCUCUCCCACUCCAUCAAGCUCUUGGCCACCACUAGGUCGCCCCAGCUCUUCCACUCCCUCCAUUGCUUCAUCAUCAAGCUCGGAUUCUCAAGCUCUGUCGUCCUCCUCACCGGUCUCAUCGACUUCGCCUUCAAAUGCGGCGCCUUGGGUGACUCCCACAAGCUGUUCGACGAUUUGCCCCACAGGGAUGUCGUCGCUUGGACUUCCAUGAUCGUCGGCCACGCAUGCCACGGCAGCUACGAUAACUCCUUUUCCUUCUUCAAGAAGAUGCUGGCUAGCUGCACAGCCCCCAAUUGUUACUCUUUCUCGGGUGCUUUGACCGCUUGCUCCGGCGUCGGAGUCGAUGCCUUGGCCUACGGCAAGCAGAUCCACGCUCAAGUGAUCACGUCUAGCUUCUCCUGCCCUAUCAAUCCUGUCGUUUACAAUGGUUUGCUCGACAUGUAUUGCAAAUGCCACUGUCUCUCGUAUGCCCGGAAACUGUUCGGUUCAAUGCCUGUGAGAGGCCUCAUUGCUUGGAACUCGAUGAUGUCUGGUUAUCUCCGCUCUGGGCAAGCCGAAGAAGCUUUGGAGCUGCUGGUCUUCAUGGUUAAUUAUGGUGUGAGGCCUUGUGACUUCACCUAUGCUAUUUGCAUUGAUGCAUGUGCUAGUUUGGCCUCGAUUAACCAGGGAAAGCAGCUUCAUACUUUGGUUGUCAAGAUUGGAUUCGAUUCGGAUUUGGUUAUUCGAAACAGUUUGUUGGAUAUGUACGCGAAGUGUGGCUGCAACGGAUCUGCAAAGAUCGUCUUUGAAAUGCUGCCUUCGAGGGAUCCAAUCCUCUGGACUGCUAUGAUUUCCACCUACGGGAAGUCGGGAUGCAUCAGUGAUGCGAUUAGGAUGUUCGAACAGAUGACUGAAUUGAAGAUUAAGCACGAUGAGAUUACGUAUCUUGCGAUUUUAUCUGCCUGCAGCCAUGCAGGACUGGUGAACGAAGGCUGGCACUAUUUCAGACUCAUGUCUGAAGAAAAACACACUGUUACUGCUCGGUCUGAACAUUACGGAUGCAUGGUUGAUCUCCUAUGUCGAAGUGGACGAUUGGAGGAAGCUCUUGACUUCAUUAAACAAAUGCCUUUUGAACCCGGCAUCAGUGCUUGGAGUAAAUCUAACUUAAACUUUUUUAUCUAA